CUUUUCUCUUCCUUAUCCCGUUUAUAUGAUCGGAGAGGAACUGCGCUUCAGGUUGAAGCGGUGCGAACAUGGCCGAGCGAGUCCAGCAGCCCCCAGCCAAGCGGCUCUGCUGCCGGCCCGGCUACAACCCGGCAUGCAGACAGGGCCAGCGGGCUGGAGGUAUCCUGUGUGGCGGCUCGGGCUCCGCUCCGGGAAGCUCGGGCAACGGGAAAACGCACAACCCGGAGUCGCUGCUCGAUAUCGCGGCGCGCAGAGUGGCGGAGAAGUGGCCGUUCCAAAGGGUGGAGGAGCGGUUCGAGAGGAUCCCGGAGCCCGUCCAGCGGAGGAUCGUUUACUGGUCAUUCCCGAGAAGUGAGAAGGAGAUCUGUAUGUACUCGUCCUUUAACGCGGGAGGAGAGGAAAGUGGAACUAGCGGGGACAAUAAUGACGAGAGCCAGCUGCCCUUCCUACGGGGUGUCACUCUACUGGAGGGUGGCUGGGUGGACAACGUAUUGCAAGUCGGUUUCCAUCUCAGCGGCACAGUGACAGACCCGGCCACCCAGUCGUCUCCGGAGCUCGUGUGCAGCGUCAGCGUCAGCUUCGAUCGCUGCAAAAUCACCGCGGUAACGUGCACGUGCGGCAACAAGGACAUCUUCUACUGCGCCCAUGUGGUGGCGCUGUCGCUUUACAGGGUACGGAAGCCCGAGCAGGUCAAACUGCACCUGCCCAUCUCAGAGACCCUGUUCCAGAUGAGCCGGGACCAGCUACAGAAGUUUGUGCAGUAUUUGAUCUCAGUCCACCACACUGAAGUCCUGCCAACCGCGCAAAAACUGGCAGACGAAAUCCUCUCACAGAACUCAGAGAUCAACCAAGUCCACGGGGCCCCGGACCCCACAGCAGGGGCCAGCGUGGACGAUGAGAACUGUUGGCAUUUGGACGAAGAACAGGUCCAGGAGCAAGUGAAGCUGUUUCUGUCUCAGGGCGGGUACCACGGCUCAGGCAAACAGCUCAACCUCCUCUUCAGCAAGGUGAGGGAGAUGUUGAAGAUGCGAGACUCAAACGGCGCGCGGAUGUUAACACUGAUCACAGAGCAGUUCAUGGCCGACCCCAGACUGGCUCUGUGGAGGCAGCAGGGCACCACCAUGACCGACAAGUACAGGCAGCUGUGGGACGAGCUGGGGGCCCUGUGGAUGUGCAUCGUGCUGAACCCUCACUGUAAACCGGAGCAGAAGAGCUCGUGGCUGCGGCAGCUGCGCAGAUGGAACAGCGUGGACGUGUGCCCCUGGGAGGACGGUAACCACGGCAACGAUCUGCCCAACCUCACCCACUCACUGCCUCAGGGUGCCCAUGGCAACCAAGAGAUGCGCUCCCAUCGGACUGUAUUCACCCGGGCCAUCGAAGCCUGUGACCUCCACUGGCAGGACCGCCAUCUUCAGCACAUCAUCGCCAGCGACCUGUACGCCAACUACUGUUACCACGACAACCAGGAGGGCUCGCUGUUCGACGCGCGCGGCUGGCCUCUGUGGCACGAGCAUGUGCCCACGGCCUGUGCCCGAGUGGAUGCCCUGCGUUCCCACGGUUACCCCCGGGAGGCGCUGCGUCUCGCCAUCGCCGUCGUGAACACGCUGCGGAGACAACAGCAGAGGCAGCUCGAUCACUUCCGACGACACAAGAAAGAGUUGCUUCAAAAGGGCCACACUUCUAUCACCAACAUGGAGGGCUGGGUGGGCCACCCGCUGGACCCCAUCGGGACCCUGUUCAGCACCCUCACCGAGUCGGGCCGAGGGGGAGACGAGGGCGCUACCACCUGCUUAGACCUCUCAGACUGUUCCAGUGUUGUGAGCAGGGCGGAGCUUCAGCGGUUGCCCGUGCAGAGGCUGCUUGGAGACGGCGAAUCGUACGUGGCGCUGGCGGUGGAGACGGCUCUGAUUGGCUUAGGGCAGCAGCGGGUGAUGCCUGACGGGCUGUACGCGCAGGAGAAGGUGUGUCGCAAUGAAGAGCAGCUAUUGGCCAAGCUACAGGAAGUGGAACUGGACGACUCCCUGGUCAAAAUCUUCCGAAAACAAGCGGUCUUUCUGUUGGAGGCUGGUCCGUACUCUGGCCUGGGGGAGAUCGUCCACAGAGAGAGUGUUCCCAUGCACACAUUUGCCCGUUACCUGUUCACCUCGCUCCUACCUCACGACGCUGAGCUCGCCUACAAACUUGCACUGAGAGCCAUGCGGUUGCCGGUCCUGGAGUCAUCGGCCUCAUCCGGAGACCUGUCCCGGCCUCACCACAUUGUGUCCGUGGUGCCAAACCGUUACCCGCGCUGGUUCACCCUCAGCCACAUCGAGUCACAGCAGUGUGAGCUGGCCUCCACCAUGCUCACUGCCGCCAAAGGUGACAGUCGCAGGCUGGAAACGGUCCUGGAGUCCAUCCAGAAGAACAUCCAUUCCUCGUCUCAUAUUUUCAAACUGGCUCAAGACGCGUUCAAGAUCGCCACUCUGAUGGACAGUCUGCCUGAUAUCACACUGCUCAAGGUGUCCCUGGAGCUGGGGCUGCAGGUGAUGAGAAUAACUCUGUCCACAUUGAACUGGAGGAGAAGAGAGAUGGUGCGCUGGUUAGUCACGUGUGCCACAGAAGUCGGUGUGUACGCCCUGGACAGCAUCAUGCAGAGCUGGUUCACCCUCUUCACCCCGACCGAAGCCACCAGUAUCGUGGCCACCACCGUCAUGUCCAACAGCACCAUCGUCCGACUGCAUCUGGACUGUCACCAGCAGGAGAACCUGGCCUCCUCCGCCCGCACCCUGGCCCUGCAGUGUGCCAUGAAGGACCCUCAGAACUGCGCCCUCUCCGCCCUCACGCUCUGUGAAAAGGACCACAUUGCCUUCGAGACAGCCUAUCAGAUUGUACUAGACGCAGCAGCCACCGGGAUGAGCUACACUCAGCUGUUCACCAUCGCUCGCUACAUGGAGCAUCGCGGGUAUCCUAUGAGAGCGUACAAGCUGGCUACUUUAGCUAUGGCGCACCUCAACCUCAGUUACAACCAGGACACCCACCCGGCCAUCAACGACGUGCUCUGGGCCUGCGCACUCAGCCACUCGCUCGGGAAGAAUGAGCUGGCCGCUGUCAUCCCCCUGGUGGUCAAGAGCGUGAAGUGCGCCACCGUGCUGUCGGACAUUUUGCGGCGGUGCACGCUGACCACUCCGGGGAUGGUGUCGGCGCUGCACAGCCGCAGGAACUCUGGGAAGCUCAUGUCCCUGGACAAAGCUCCGCUCAGGCAGCUGCUGGACGCCACCAUCGGAGCCUACAUCAACACCACACACUCACGGCUCACGCACAUCAGCCCCAGACACUACAGCGAGUUCAUCGAGUUCUUAGGAAAGGCCCGCGAGACCUUUAUGAUGGCUCAUGACGGACACAUUCAGUUCACACAGUUCAUAGACAACCUUAAACAGAUCUACAAGGGCAAAAAGAAACUGAUGAUGCUGGUGAGGGAGAGGUUUGGCUGAGGGCGAGCCAGGGGCACAGGCCCCUCCCACUCUAGGACUUUUCUAUUCACUUGCCUUUUGAACUUCUUUUGAACUGAAACUGAUCCGUGAACAGAGGGAUGUGACUUGUAGAAUGAAGCAAAAAGAGAAAAGAAGACAAAAAAAUCAGAGCCACCUGCGGUAUUAUUGUUCUUGCUGUUGUUAUUGUUAUAAACAUUAUUACUAUUAUUAUUAUUAAUAAUAAUAUUACUACUAUGUGUACAGAAGUGUUUUUAUUUUUCAGAAGAGAGGAAAUUUGUCACGUUGUGAAUGUUGUGUGUAUUUCUCUACAUGUGUGUGAGAGGAACACGAAAAGUGAAAUGGCUUUUUUUUUAAACUUUAGGUUCUUUUAUUUUUAUGAUUUGAAACAUAUUUUUUCCCCUUUUCAGUGUAUUUUGAGUUAAAUGUGUCCAGUGGCUGAAGCCCCUCUACAAAAGCGCUCAUGUAAGAAAAGAAACAAGUACAAAAUGUCUCGGCUUCCUCAAAGAGAAACAAAGGCUUUAAACCACACAGCACCUCCCUCUGCCCGGCACGGCCUGGCCUGGUUCAGCCUGGUUCUGCCCAAGUCUGUCUGGUUCUGCCCGGGUCAGUGUGGGUCAGCACUGACAGAAAUCAUAGGACUUCACAGUCGUAUCAGCAGCACUUAUUCGUUUCUCUGGUCCCAGACAUUAGCUUCAUCACAAACAUGCUCUUAGCAAACUCAUGUUGUUGUUGGAUCGACCCCACUCCACAGAGACAGAAACACGUACUAUAUACAGUACACAGUACACAGUACACAGUACACAGUACACAGUAUAGUACAGAGUAGUAUUACACACCUGGUGUCAUGCAGUUAAACUAUGGCCAAAUUGGACCAGAUCCACAUGUGAUUCUGAACAGAGGACAAAGGACUACCUCAGAAUACGGUAUUAAAUACUCCAGUUUGUAUCAUCACAUCUGGGCUGUGAGCGUGAACAGUGUUACAUGUAACAGGCUUUUCAAUGGUGACAUUAGAGUUUGGAGAAUAGUUUCAUCACUGCCAUAAACCAGAGGACAUACAACCAGUGCAAAGAUGCCAGAGAAUUGGUAGAAAACACAUAAUACAAAACUAAACUAUAUGAUAAAUCUGAGUCUUAGUCUAGAGAAGUAGUCUAAACAUCUGUGUGUGCACAGAUCUGGAGAUUUAGGCCAAUUCCUGCCAUCACAGUUAGCGAGAAUGCUAACAUGCUGCUAGCUUUGAAGGUCUCGUAGCGUGUUUUUUUAAAGACAUCCUCUGAUUUUGUUUGUGCCAGAACAUAAUUCAUGCAUCAAAAUGUGGCUAGCUUUGGCCGCUCUGUGCGCUUCCUGGCUUUUCUCACACAAGCUCCAGUUUAAUGUUGUUUUAUCUGUGAUCACUGCCCAUGCCACAACAUAACGGUACUUCAUUUCACCACUGGCAUCACAACAAACUGCAUAUUUCUCCUGCUUUCUUCCUCUGAAAUGGCCAGUGUUGUUCCCUCUUUGCAUGUGAAUUGUUAGAAAUUAGGCUUUCUACUGUUAUAGUUCAUUGUGUGGAAACUUCGGUAAUUGUCAACCAGAAUGUUCUCAGGGAUUUCUCUACACAGGAAUUAAAAAUGGCGGAACAAAUGAAUUACAAACUUGGAGAAAAAAAGACUAAAACACAACACAACAUGAGCGAGCAUUUAAUGUACUCUGUAAAUAUGCCAUAGUAUAUGUCUGACGAUGGAGGAUCUGAAAGUAUAUGUUAACUAAUUUAUACAGAGUAUUCUAUGUAAUGUGAAAUACUUGAAGCCGCUGUAGUUUGGUCUGUCGCGCUUUUGUUUUCUAUUUUUGUCUCGUUUUAUUUCUCUCACUUAAAGAUACACUAUGUAACAUUUCUGGUAGUGGGUCCUCCAACAUGACGAUAUUAUUGCUUUGCCUUGAAUGCUCCACAGUAUAGCAUUAAGCGCCUCAAUCUCCAUGGAGACGAGCGGGCAAUUCCAUCACGUCGACUGGUUUACAAGGUAUUGUCGAGCAAUUAAUUCACCUUUAAUCGAAUAAACGCGACACGUAUACGCUUAAAGCAAUACUGUGGGACAUUCCAGACGACAUCUCCAUGGAGACAAGCAGUUGGCGGGUCCAUUCACCAGUGAAAUUACACAGUGCGACUUUAAAACGACAUAUCAAAAGGACAAGUUGAUGGCUUUUCUAUAGCCUACACUUCAUUCGAGAGAUACUGGAUUGAUUUAGUUUCAAAUUUAUAAAAAAAAAAAUGUUACUCACUACUGACUAGAAGUUGGACAAAUAUAGGCCUACAAUGUGUUUAUGUGAUUUAAAUAUGCAUGCCUGAUUGUUAAGGUAAAAUACGAUGAUAUUUUCAACUAAUUUGGAUUUAAUCUGCCAAACAGUGAAUGUACGUUGAGAUUACUGUAAUAUUUAACAGUAGUACGAGAAACCAAGUUACCCAGUUUUACGCUAAUACCAUGAACCUGUCUUUUCCUCUGUACUUGCCUUUAAAGGUGCAUUGUGUAACUUUUCUGGUGGGAUUUUUGUCUGGUCAGAUGCUUUUUUUCUCCAUGGCGACGUUAUUGUUUCGUCUGGAAUGUUUCACAGUACGGAAUUAAAGUUUUCGAGCUUCACGGAGACGAAACCAGACCAAGUUACGGGUCAGAUCUGUGGAGGAUGACUGUUUUCGAGCUAUAAAACCACCUGCAAUUGAGUAAAUGUAAGGUAGAGCUGUUUAAUGUCAUACUGUGGAACAUUCCAGGCAGAGCAAUGGCAUAAAAAGGUAAAAAGGUGACCCCAACCAAAAAGUUCCACGGUGCAGCUUUAAACCCGCUCUUCUUUUUGUGCAUAUUUUUGUCUCGGUUGUAUUGUUUCCUGAGAUGGUAGCAGCCUUUUCUCUUGCCUUGUCUUAACGCUUUAACGUAACCAAACAGGAGAUCUAACCUAACAACCAAACGCGUGGAGGAGGUGAGAGGCGACCCUCGUGGUCUCAGCUUUAGUGUCCUUAAUUAGUAAAGUGAAUGGCUGUGUCUGUAACGAAGCAAUCCCUCACGUGUGUUUGGUGAAACGUCCAGUGUCUCUUCUUGUCUCCUCAGAUUUCCUCUUUCUAGCUGUUCUUUUCUGUUCGUGUAGGAAUCUUCUGCUCAUUUUAUUUAUUACAAUGACCCAUGUAUACAUGCUUAUGAAAUUAAGAUUUGAUACACCGAUAUCAAUUUAUUUAUGUAACUAAAUCACUGUUUUAUAAUCUUGUUAAUGAGUCAAUAAUUGAUUUUUUUGUUUUGUUUUUGUUUAAAUAAAACUUAGUUUUUUUGAAAUGUAAA